UUUAAAUGAGUGACUAGCGGGUGUGUCUGCCUGUGGUGGUGAAACAGCGACUGCAGAGCGAGAGAACGGGAACCGACUGACUGAUCGCCUCCAGAAACACAACGGGACAUCACGACCAACGCUAUGGGCAUCAAACUGUAUUACACCACCGUCACUGCAUCGAGAGAGGUCAAGUCUCAGCAGGCCGAGGUGAUGCGUAUUCUGGAAAGUAAGAGCAUCAAGUAUGAGCUGAUUGACAUCUCGGUGGGCGGUGCUGUUCGGGAUGAGAUGAGGAGUAAAUCGGGCAACCCCACGGCAAUCCCACCUCAGAUAUUCAAUGAAGACCAGUACUGUGGGGUAAGGAGGACUGACAGCAGGGCGUUUUUGAUUUGA